AUGGGUUUACACGAAGACGAAGACCGCCAGUAUGCGGCAGAGGUUCAGGCCGUUCAGAACUGGUGGAAGGACUCUCGCUGGCGCUACACCAAGCGCCCUUUCACGGCUGAGCAGAUCGUGGCCAAGCGUGGCAAUUUGAAGAUCGAUUACCCGUCCAACGUACAAGCUAAGAAGCUGUGGGGAAUUGUCGAAUCAAACUUCCAGAACAAGCAAGCCAGCUUUACCUAUGGCUGCCUCGAGCCUACCAUGAUCACCCAAAUGAGCAAGUUCCUCGACACAAUCUACGUCUCUGGCUGGCAGAGUUCGUCCACUGCCUCAUCUACCGACGAGCCCUCUCCCGAUCUGGCCGAUUACCCCAUGGACACCGUGCCCCGAAAGGUCAACCAAUUGUUCAUGGCACAGCUCUUCCAUGACCGAAAGCAGCGCGAAGAGCGCGUUACCACUCCUGCUGGCCAGCGUGGAAACGUUGCCAAUGUUGACUACCUGCGACCCAUCAUUGCUGAUGCCGACACCGGUCACGGUGGUCUGACUGCGGUGAUGAAGCUGACCAAGCUCUUCGUCGAGCGCGGUGCGGCUGGUAUUCACAUUGAAGAUCAAGCUCCCGGUACCAAAAAGUGUGGCCACAUGGCCGGUAAAGUUCUCGUGCCUAUCAGCGAGCACAUCAACCGUCUGGUUGCCAUCCGUGCCCAGGCCGAUAUCAUGGGCUCUGAUCUGCUGGCCAUUGCCCGUACCGACUCUGAAGCAGCCACCCUCAUCACAUCGACCAUCGACCACCGUGACCACGCCUUCAUCGUGGGCUCAACCAACCCUAGCCUCCAGCCCCUCAACGAUCUGAUGGUCGCCGCCGAGCAAUCCGGCAAGAACGGCGCCGAGCUUCAAGCUAUUGAAGAUCAGUGGACCAGCCAGGCCGGCCUUAAGCUUUUCAACGAAGCCGUGAUCGACGCCAUUAACUCCGGUGUCCACGUCAACAAGAAGAGCCUCGUCGACCAGUACCUGACUGCCGUUAAGGGCAAGAGCAACAACGAAUCCCGUGCCAUCGCCAAGAGCAUCACCGGCGUUGACAUUUUCUGGAACUGGGACUCUCCCCGUACCCGCGAGGGCUUCUACCGUUACCAGGGUGGUACGCAAUGCGCCGUGAACCGAGCUGUGGCUUACGCGCCUUUCGCCGACCUCAUCUGGAUGGAAAGCAAGCUGCCAGACUACAAGCAGGCCAAGGAAUUCGCCGAUGGCGUGCAUGCCGUCUGGCCCGAACAAAAACUGGCGUACAACCUCUCCCCAUCGUUCAACUGGAAGAAGGCCAUGCCCCGCGAUGAACAAGAGACUUACAUUAAGCGUCUCGGCGAACUGGGCUACUCGUGGCAGUUCAUUACUCUGGCGGGUCUGCACACCACCGCGCUCAUCUCGCACCAGUUCGCGAAGGCGUUUGCGAAGAGUGGAAUGCGGGCCUAUGGCGAACUGGUCCAGGAGCCGGAGAUGGAGCAGGGCGUUGAUGUUGUUACGCAUCAAAAGUGGAGUGGUGCUAACUACGUUGAUAACUUGUUGAAGAUGGUUUCUGGUGGUGUGAGUAGUACGGCUGCUAUGGGCAAGGGUGUCACUGAGGAUCAGUUCAAGAACUGA